GGCUGCUGUGAUUGGCUGAGAGAGCGUAGGGCUCUUAUUUAUAUGUAGGACAAAGGUAGUGGUCAGUCAAGUCUGUUUAUGCAGUUUGUGCGCUAGCGACUUAAGGAUGCUGUUGAACAAGGUGCUCAAAGCCAGUGUGCGGUCUGGGAUCCGGCUGCAGAGCUCAGGUGCUUCUGCAACCAGUGUUGCAGCAUCUCAAAGCGGCCACUCUGCAUCGCUCGGCUACUCAUUUGAGCUGACGGAUCAGCAAAAGGAGUUCCAACAGCUGGCGAGGAAGUUUUCACGUGAAGAGAUCAUCCCUGCUGCACCUGCUUAUGACAGGAGCGGCGAAUAUCCUUUCCCCAUCAUCAAGAAAGCAUGGGAGCUUGGUCUAAUGAACGGUCACAUUCCACAGGACUAUGGUGGAAUGGGCUUGUCAAUCUUUGAUAACUGCCUCAUCACAGAAGAGUUGGCUUAUGGCUGCACAGGAGUACAAACUGCUAUCGAAGCAAACUCUCUGGGACAAAUGCCUGUUAUUUUAGCUGGCAGUGAUGCACAGAAGAGAAAAUACCUGGGAAGGAUGACUGAGGAGCCUCUUAUGUGUGCGUACUGUGUCACGGAGCCCGGGGCGGGCUCGGAUGUGGCCGGCAUCAAGACCCGAGCUGUAAAGAUGGGUGAUGAGUAUGUUGUUAACGGGCAGAAGAUGUGGAUCACCAAUGGUGGGAAAGCUAACUGGUACUUCCUCCUGGCCCGCUCUAACCCUGAUCCUAAAUGUCCAGCCAGCAAAGCUUUUACUGGCUUCAUUGUGGAUGCUGACACUCCAGGAAUUCAAAUAGGAAGGAAGGAGAUGAACAUGGGCCAAAGGUGCUCUGAUACCAGAGGCAUCACCUUUGAGGAUGUGAGGAUACCGAAAGAGAACGUCCUGAUCGCAGAGGGAUCUGGCUUCAAAAUUGCCAUGGGUGCCUUCGACAACACCAGGCCACCAGUGGCAGCAGGAGCAACAGGCCUGGCACAGAGGGCACUUGAAGAAGCUACCAAUUAUGCUCUGGAGAGGAAGACCUUUGGCAAAGUUAUUGCUGAGCAUCAGGCUGUGUCCUUCCUCCUGGCUGAGAUGGCGAUGAAGGUGGAACUGGCCAGGAUGGCAUACCAGAGGUCCGCCUGGGAAGUGGACCAGGGCCGCAGAAACACCUACUACGCCUCCAUCGCCAAGGCUUUCGCGGGAGACAUCGCCAAUCAGGUUGCCUCUGACGCUGUUCAGGUGUUUGGCGGCAACGGCUUCAACAGCGAAUACCCGGUAGAGAAGCUGAUGAGAGACGCCAAGAUCUACCAGAUCUAUGAAGGCACAGCUCAAAUCCAAAGACUCAUUAUUGCCCGAGAACACCUGGGAAGAUUCAAGAAAUGAUCUCUGCACACCUGACUUGCCCUCAUUCAAAUGUACUUUGUUGUAACUUUUCUAUACAUAUGUGUUCCUGGAAAUAGAUCUGAUUACUUAAACUCAGGAUAUAGUUGUAAAACGUUUGCCUUAACAUCACUUCAUCCUGCCUUGUUUUUUUUUUUUUUUUUUUUUUUUUGGACUGUUCCAGUUCCUGAAUUGGUAGACAGCAGUCCACCUUUUUUAUAAUCAGAGAACAUCAAAACCCAUUAAGACCUGUCCCAUUUUAGAAGACAUUUCCAAAUGCAGCUCAGCACUGCGGCCUUACUUUGUGACUUAAUGAGUUGACAAGAAUCGCCACAUUAGCCUCUGCAGGUUGUAAAUAAUGGCAGCCAGGUAAAAGCCUGGAUACUGCGACAAACGGGACAUUACAAAAACUAUUCUGUCAUUAUUUGCCAGUUGUCCAUCAUACAUUAAACUGUAAAGCUGUUUAUAUCUGGUAUAAGUUUGUCGGUUUGAAGGCAAGUUGAUGCCGAUAAACUUGGACAUAUUUGACUUUAUAAGUUGACAAGGGCGUCCAAAACUCACACCAUUAGGUUUGAUUUAUUUUGUUUAUUUUUUUCUCACCAGAAUGUGUAAGAAAUAUAGGAAUGUGUCUAAUGAGUUAACAACUGUAAAAAUGCAUCUUGUCUGAAAAUGGUUUUGUCAGAUUUAGCAAAUUAGGUCCUUACCAAUUGCUGUCAGUUCUACAUUACUACCCCAAUACCCAUUAUGGAGAGGCAGCAGCUUUACACUUAACCAUGGAGAACCUCUGCAGAAAGUAUGAAUGUAAUAUGUAGACUGUGGUUCAGCUGUCACUUUUUGACAACACAUGACAUAAUGGUGAAUUCAUCUGAAGCUUUUAAGUCUGUAUAUCAUCCAUUUAUUAAAUUAUUCAGUUCAAUAUAAAGCUGAUCAUGUUUUGUGUGGACAUCGAUAAUGGAAAUAAAAAGGUGUUUUCAUCUUGAA